AAGUAGCAGCGUCAUAGUUCCAUUAGUUUGUUGUUUCUUGAGCAGGAAGUCCAUCUCCGGCAGAGUAGCCACCCAGAGAAAUAUUAUACCUGAAACAGAUAAAUAUCUCGAUUAAAGUAGAGUAUGGAGGCGGACAGAUCACUUCAGACGGCAGCCAGAGAUGCCCAUGGACCAGAAGAGGAGGCCGGAAAUGCUGCGGCUCUGGAGACCAGCCACCUGUCUGAGAUUCGUCUGGUGGUGCUGGGCUGGAGGUGGCCAGGGAAAAGCCUGACAGGAAACACUAUCAUAGGCCGAGAGGAGUUUCGCUUGGAGCGAGCAGCCGAGUUCUGUGUAAAGAGGCAGACUGAGGUGGAAGGGCGUCAGGUGACUGUGGUGGAUACUCCAGGCUGGUUCUCCGCCCAGGAUACACCACCCUCCUAUAAACAGGAGCUAGUGAGAGGAGCAUCACUUUGCCCUCCAGGUCCCCAUGCCUUCCUGCUGGUCAUCCCUGUUGGCAUGUUCACAGAGGUGGACCGUGCUCGCCUCGAGGAGCAUGUGAGCCUGUUUGGCGAGCGUGUGUGGAAGCAUACGAUUGUGAUUUUCACGUGGGCAGAAGUGUUGAGAACCAUUUCACUUGAGCGGUACAUUCGCAGGGAAGGUAAAGAGCUGCAGUGGGUACUGGAAAAGUGUAAGAGAAGGUACUUUGUCAUAAAUAACUACAUAUUUGGGGAGCAUCCCCAGGUAGGACACUUGAUGGAGAGAGUAGAGAAGAUGGUGGCAGAAGAAGGGGGCUACUAUGACCCAGAAGAGGUGGAGGAGGAGAAGAAACCUCUGGAUGAGAACCAGAAUCCAGCUAGGGAUGUGCGGGAGCUGGGGGCACGACCCAAACAGAACUCUGGACUGGGUUUGUCCACAGCCUUGCAGGUGGAGCCGCUUUCCAAUUAACCAGGCACUCUUGACUGAUGGACCCUGUAAACCACGAUUCUUCUAAUGGUAAAGCUGUUCAUUUGAUAAUUCAGAAAGAGUAAUUACCUGAAAUGUUACUGAAUGUACAAAUGACUGUGAUGUACUUUUUUAAAAUCAGACAUAUUACUGUGUAUGCCUCGUGCCUUUUACAUGCCAUCUAAACAUAUAUACUUUCAUGUUUUAGCAUGAAAUUCUAUUUUUGUUUUUCACUGUGGAGGUUUCUUUAAGAUUGUGUAAUGGAUGAAUUUAUUUUAAUCUAAAACAAGUAAGCACAAGCUGUUAUUUACAGU